GUGAUAAUGGAGUACUCAUAUAUCCGGGACAUCCAGAAACAGCGCCGAAACACAACCAAACAAUACUGAAAGUGAAGAACAUCUCGUAUACGUGUGUUUUUAAUACACUAGACGUUGCUAUCACUUCAGUACCGUUAGGUCUGACCAGUGAUGGCCUUCCGGUCGGCGUUCAGAUCAUUGCCAAACCCUUUAACGAUAGGCUGACCAUCGCUUUGGCCGAAGAGUUGGAGAGAGGGUUGAGUGGAUGGACAGCACCGGCACCUUCUACAUUAAAUU